UUAAAAAAUAAUCAUAGAGACGUUAUAAUAGUAGUACUGUGAUGUGAUUCAAAAAUAUCACGCAUAUCCACACCACCACCACCAAAGACAAAAGUAACACAUUUUCAUUUCAUUUUUUUUUUUUUUUUGUCAAAUUCCGUAUUUUAUGACUUCUAGUCCAGUUUGGAUGUAAUAGUUUAAUAAUUUCUACGAUUAAUAUUACAUUGAAUGAUGUAAACCUGAUAAACAGUUAGCCCACAGUUGCUUAUCUUAACGGCGCAUGCUAAUGCUACAUCAUUGUGUCAUUCCAUAACGGAUGCUAAAGUGUUAUUAGCAUUAAAGCUAAACGGUCGGCUCGGAUUGUUCUAAAAGUAAGGCUUUGAUUUGAACAGUUAUGCUGCUAUGAGUGCGAUUCAGUCCAAAAUAAACUUGUUUAUAAAAUGUUCAAGAGUCAUAUCUUUAUUGUAGAGUGUCUGUUUUUUUUUAUUUUUUUUUUUUUACUUUACCUAAUUUUAUGUCAGUUGUUAUGUUGAUGUAAAAGUGAGCUGUAAUGGUAGUUGGAGGGAUAAAACAUGCAAACAAACCCUCCAAAAUGUGAAAAGAUGUCUUCAAAAUUUGCGCCUUCACUCUUAGCACAAUCUUUCAAAAGUAAAUUGUUUGACUACAGCCAAUUUUUAGUCAAAAACAUACAUUUUUAAAGAAAUAUUGCCUAUUUUUGGCCUAAAUGUGGGGUCUCAAACAUGUGGCCCGCGGGCCAAAUGUGGCCCGCAGGACACUAGUUUGAGGCCCCCGCCUUGAUAUGAAAGUUUAAUGUUGAUAUGGAUGCUGUAUGGUAUCAUGUAUCCAGAAAAAAUGAUUAAGUUUGAUUAAUGUUCAUGUUAAAGGUUAAAUAACUGUUAAUAGUUAUCCUCCCUAUCCGUGUGGAAGUGGUAAGUUUUUGGCUAUUUAAGUUUAAAGGAAAUAACUUGAAGGCUACCGUUUAGGUUGCUAGCUCUCUAGUUUGCGAGUUAGCAUGUGUCUCAAGACCCUGCAGUUGCGCAAUAUGUUGUAAAUAAAAAGAGUAUAAAUGUGACUAUAGUCGUGUUUUGUCAUGUCUACAGGGCUCUAAUAAUGCUUUGUUCAUUUUAAUCUGAAAAAAAUAAUUUGUCUACCCACCAACUAUAUGUGGUUUCUUAAGUUUUUAUUAUUUCCGGUUUUAUUAUUAUUAUUAUAUUUAUUUAUUUAUUUAUUACUGAUUGAUUUCUUUAUUCUCGAUUUGUUGAUUUAUUUUUCUGCAGAAAAAUUUAAAUUAAGAUAUUUGAGAACAGUGGAAUGUUUUAUCAGAGCUUUUAUUGUAGAAAAUCAGAACCAAAGCACUGAAAAAGUUUGUAUAUUUUUCUGUUUUUAAUAAAUGCGUUUUUUUUUUUUGGAAAACCUGAUGCGGCCCAGCCUUGCCCAGACCCUAGCUCCAGUGGCCCCCAGGUAAAUUGAGUUUGAGACCCUUGGCCUUAAUGAAGCAGUUUUCAAAUGAAUUAUGCUGUGCGGGAAAAAACAACAACAUGGAUCUCUCUCAAUGUGGUUGGUUUAUUAUUUAUGUCCAAUAUGUCUUCUUUUAUGUUUACUUUGUUGGGUAAUACAUGUGUGAAGUUGAGUAUAGGGGUGCUAUUUCAUGUCUGGAGGGCUCUAAUAAUGUUAAAACUUGUUAAAACUUUAAUUUUUUUUUCACUUUUCCAUUCAUAAAUAAGGAAUCAUGUUUCACGGAAAUUUACUUAUUAACUUAUUUCUUUCUUUUUUAUGAAUGUUAGGUAUUUUGUAGUAGUACGUGGGGAGUGACCUCAUUUACAAUGUGUGUCUUAAGCUGUAAAAAAAAAUUGUAUGAUAAGCCACCCCCCCUCUCUUUCUGCUUAAUGAUGCCUUGCUCUAAAAAUGUCCCUCACACACACACACGCUACUAUAGUCAGAGUGGAAGAGGUGUUAAACUCGGACGUUAGGACCCUUUAACCAGGUAAGUACAAUGUUCUAAUUGAGUUUUAAUUACUUUUAAUCCUAACAAUAACCACCAUGUUGAGAAUAAAUAAUUUCUUAGAAUCAUAAACGUAUUAUGAUGGUGAAAAUCCUCCCCUUUUGUUUAGGUUUGUGAUGGUUUUUCAUCUACAAAUAUUGUUUGUCGCUCUGCUGUGCAGCACUUUCUCCACCAGCAUGCAAGCGCCUCUUCUCAGCCUUUGGGGCAAAGUGGCGGAGUUCAACUUAGGUUGCAGCCACUGGAGACUAGAGGACGGGGUCUCCAUCCCCACCUUGAACCACCUCACUGCGUGCCUGGACCUCAAGUUUAAGGCACCAGCUGGAACUCAGUGGACAGCCUUCAUGUACCGCUAUCCUGACACCCAGUGUGUAGGUCUUGGCGUGGGGGGUUGCAGGGAUUGUUUGGUGGUCUGGUUGUUUGGCACAGAGUGGACCACCCUCCCAAUCAGCCUUGGGGUAAAGGAGUGGCAUUCUCUAUGUAUGACAUGGUCUCAUACUAAAGACAGGCCUCUGCUUUAUGUCAAUGGGACCCUGAUGGACCUCAUGGCGGUACAAGACUUUUCACCCUCCUGUUGCAAACCGGCUCCGAAUGGUACGCUCACCCUGGGUGCCGCCCACGAGCUGGUGGACGGAAAAGUCCAGAUCCUUCCGUCCACCAUCUUGACCGGCACUGUGUCCCUGUUUCGACUGUGGGGGCAAGAGCGCAGCAGGCAGGAAGUGACGUCACUCAAGUGCACAGAGGGAGACCUGCUGCAGUGGGACAGCCACCUGUGGGACACACGGGUGUGUGCCCCCAUCCCUGACCCUACGCUCAAGUGUGAGUGGUCCAUUUACACAGUCAACGUGAAGUUCAGCAUCAUUCGAUAUGACGGCAACAACACGGAGCUCUACACGGCCAGAGACAUUGCACAUCGCUGGCUCCGAGAUGUGCUCCCGUCCAACAUUUAUUUACACAGAGUGUCUGUCUAUGAAGCUGUCAGAUUCAGCGCCAAAGACUCAAACAUGCUGACAACAUUGAGUCAAGGCAAACUGGUACGCUGGACCUCCUCCAAUAUUAACAGGUUUGAUUGCUUGGUCUACGUGAGCGUCAUCCCCUGUGCGGACGUGGCAGCGGUGCAGGACACGAUGCACGCCAACCUGGGUACCCCCUAUCAUGGUUUCGGUGAUCUGAUCCAAGUGCUGGCGGACGUAGCGAGCAUAGAAACCACGCCUGUUGCUAGUUUCUCCCCUGACACGGUUCCCCCUCCCGUGACUACAAGAUCUCCACCCGUCACAAACUUCACUAUGAUGACAUCGGUGCUUACUUCCGCCUUCACUGAGACAUCCUCAAAUUUCUCAAGUGAUCUGUACUUUGAGGUCAAGGUCAACGUGUCGAUAAGAGGAGAGUGUGAAGCGGAGGAUAUUCUCGCCACGUGGCUCAACGACACGCUACCCGAUCACAUGAUGACGGUGCUAGGCCUUCAGCUGCUUCCCAAACAUCAACGACUUAAACUCAGCCGCGGGUGGGACCUGUCGGUUUCUGAUGGGGUGUCUUCAAACACUGUGUCCAGAGAGAGCUUCAUCUUCCAGGUUGAGGUGAAGAUGUGGCUUACAGACCCCCAGCAAGUUGAACAGCAGAUACGAGAUCUGCUCCUGGUGCCUUACAACCAAGGCUCCGUCUCCAUAGAGACCGAAGACAUAGAAAUAUGCCGCAUCUUGAACGUGACCUGUCAGCCAGAGAGUCAGCAAACAAGAAGAGGUCUCUUUGAGUGGCCCGUCACUCCAGGAGGGAAAAAUGCUUCUCAGCCUUGCCCGAAAAACCCUCAACGCAGUGGCACAAGACACUGUAAACUGAGUUUCAGCACCCAUUGGAUGGCCCCAAACCUCCAAGAGUGCCCUAUAGUGGUGGAAACCAUCCUUGAUCUUGACCAAGUGGAAGUCACUCCAGAUAAUGCCAUGGACGUUAUGGAGAUAAUGCAUGGUUUACUGAAGAACCACUCCAACCUCAGCUACCAGGAGCUGGACACUGUGCUCAAUAAGCUGAAGGACGUGGUGAACGUCAGCAUGGUGACGCCAGUCCUGGGCACGGCAGUCAUCAACACCGUCUCGGACAUACUGGAGUCUCACAGCUUCCUCUUACCCUUCACUAAUACGAUUCUGAACAUCACAGAGGCAGUAGGAGACCGCAUGGUGGGAAUGGAAAACUCGUCAAAUCUUGUCGCUCCGGCCGUGGUGGUCUCAAUGGUGGACGUGGUUCCAAGAGAGUUUGCUGGUUUGACUUUUGGAGUGUCUUCGGAUAGGACGGGCUCCAAGCCUGAGAUUUUUCUAAACAGGCUUCCUCUUAAAGACACGGUGGCUUUCAUAGCCCUGCCCUCCAUUCUGCAACACAGCUUCCCGCCCAACCAGAGCGCGCAGAGGAUCCAGUUUCAGUUCUAUGGCGUGUCGCAACUCUUCAGGGACAACCACCAGAAGCAGAUUCUGAACAGCUUUGUGGUGUCAGCCAGCGUGAGCAACGCCACCUCUCAAAUACAAGACCUUGAAGUUGACAUUAAAAUCGUACUGCACCACCUCCAACCUAUUUAUCAACACAUGGACACACAGUGUGUGUAUUGGAACUUCAAUGAAAACAACGGACAUGGAGGAUGGGACCCUCGUGGUUGCAGGAAACACAACAGCAGCCUGGAUUUCACAACAUGUUUGUGUGAUCAUCUCACACACUUUGGAGUUCUUCUGGAUGUCACCAGGGCCCCAGUGGACAAAGCUAAUGAGCAUAGGCUGACGAUCAUCACGUAUUGUGGAUGUGGAGUCUCCUCACUGUUUUUGGGAAUAACGGUCCUCACGUACACAGCUUUUCACAAGCUCCGUCGAGACUACCCCUCCAAGAUCCUUAUCAACCUCUCGCUGGCCCUGCUGGGUCUGAACCUGGCAUUCUUGCUCGACUCCUGGCUCUCCUCCUGGGGAAUAGACGGCCUCUGCAUGGCCGCCGCAGCAACGCUCCACUACUUCCUACUGGCGUCAUUUACCUGGAUGGGACUGGAGGGUGUCAAUAUGUACUUCGCCCUCGUCAAGGUCUUCAACGUCUACGUGCCGUCCUACAUGCUCAAGUUUUGUGCUCUGGGAUGGGGUAUCCCCUUGGUCAUUUGUAUUCUGGUGCUCGUGGUGAACAGAGAUGCCUACGGCAGCCACCUCUACAACGAUGCUCUUACCAGAACGGAGUCACUUGACAACUCCGACAACUUCUGUUGGCUUCAGGACGACGUUACCUUCUACGUGUCUGUGGUCGCCUACGCCUUGUUGAUGUUCCUCUUUAAUAUUGCCGUUUUUGUGGUGGUCCUGAUCCAGAUUCGCCACAUGCGGGCAAAAGGUCCAAGUGGGACACGUGGAGGACUGAUGCACGACCUAAAAGGGAUCGCCACUCUCACUUUACUACUGGGACUCACAUGGACUGUGGGUUUUUUUACAUGGGGGCCGGCUCGACUGGUUCUGCUGUAUAUGUUCUCUGUACUUAACACCAUGCAAGGGAUGUUCAUCUUUCUCUUCCACUGUCUGAUGAAGGAAAAUGUCAGAAAACAGUGGAGGAUCCAUCUCUGUUUUGGGAAAUUUCGACUUGAAGAGCACUCAGAGUGGAGCCACUCUGUGUCCGUUGCCAAACCCGCACAAAGGUUACCGUCAGUCCGCUCCAUCAAAUCCAGCUCCACCGACAGCACCUCGGCCUCCUCCGAGUCCAGCCAGAGGGGCUGGUCCUGCAAGAGACCUGACCUGGGUCAUUUUAUGAAUCCCCUGACUUUUCCACGUGCCCAGAUGAGCCAUUCAGGUGGUGGCACUGCGUGUGAGCCCACCACAAGGGUGACAAAACACCCCCCUCCACCCAGCAUCGACACUGAAAAGUUUCAUUAAGUCUCCCUAAUUGUAUCAUGAAACACUAUUGUUCUUUGUUUCUGCUAAGUAUCACAAAGCAUCAUGCAAUUAUGAAAACAUUACAUCAGGACCAAGGAGGAGCCUGUUGCCAAGCAACUGGUGAGGAGACAUUGUGACUAUGAGACACACAAAAACGCACAACAUGAUGCAAGUCAGACUCAUGGUCCUUUGAUGAAGCUGAUCAUUUUGGAAUAUUAUUUAUAACACUUACUGCAUUUAUAACAUACUAUAUGUCCAUUGUGCUUAUGUUUAGCUUUGUUGCUAACUGUGCUAAACAAUUUAAAUUAAUAUUUGACAGCUAUGUAUACGUAUGUAUAAUAAAGGGAAUCAAUACACAAACCUGUGAAUUACACUGUUUCGCCAAACUGGCUUUAUAUAGAAUAUCAACGGUGCAAAACGUAUACUUUUGAACUAAUAGACGGCAACAAUGCACCAAAAUGUAGCUUUAAAUAACCAAACAUGUUUACCAACGGAGCUUGAAGAGAUUAAACACAAACUAAACCUCAAGGAGUGUCUUCAGGCACUGAAGCAGUUCACCAGCUUCUUGGCGUUCC